AUGGCAGUUUUGCAAGCUUUUCUGAUUGCUCUAUGCAUCAUUGUGUCGCAUCAAAAUUUGGUUGAUGCAAAAUUUUCCAAGAGUAUGUAUAUCACCUGGGGUACCCAGCAUGCUACAAUUCAAGGCAACGGUGGCGAGGAUCUUAACCUCGUGCUGGAUCCAUUUUCAGGUUCUGCUGUUCAAUCAAAGAGAGGCUUCUUAUUCGGAAGCAUUGAGAUGCUCAUUAAGUUGGUACCUGGGAAUUCCGCAGGGACUGUAACAGCCUACUAUCUAUCCUCAACAGGAACCAAACAUGAUGAGAUAGAUUUUGAAUUCUUAGGGAACAUUUCUGGACAACCUUACAUUGUCCACACAAACGUCUAUACACAAGGAAAUGGAAGCAAAGAGCAGCAAUUUUAUCUCUGGUUUGACCCAACUGCUGAUUUCCACAACUACACCAUACAUUGGAACCCCACUGAAAUUGUGUGGUAUGUUGAUAGUCUACCAAUUCGUGUUUUCCGAAACUAUGAAAACCAGGGGAUUGCUUACCCCAACAAGCAAGGGAUGAGGGUUUACUCAAGCUUAUGGAAUGCUGAUAACUGGGCAACUAGAGGUGGGCUAGUCAAGAUAGAUUGGACCAGUGCACCCUUCACGGCUAGAUUCCGAAACUUCAGGGCAAGAGCCUGCAAGUGGAACGGAGACAUCAGCAUUAGUCAAUGCGGCACCACUUCCCCGGCAAACUGGUGGACCUCCCCUAUAUACAGCCAGCUGAGCAGUGCUAAGCGGGGCCAGCUGCAGUGGGUCAGAGAUAACUUCAUGAUCUAUGACUACUGCAAAGAUACUAAAAGGUUCAAUGGACAGAUACCUCCUGAAUGUUUUAUGCAACAAUUCUGA